ACCCCUUCGGCAGAUAUAAAUAAAGCCCUCGAGCGCACUGACUGACUAACAGACCAGACCUGCCCAUAGCGCGAAAGCUCUACUAAAAUUGUGAAGCCCGAGCAGCACAAACUCGUCUUACGCAAAUGUCAGUCACUCUGCACACAAAUCUGGGCGACAUCAAAUGCGAGAUUUUUUGCGACGAGGUCCCCAAAACCGCCGAGAAUUUUUUGGCACUAUGUGCCAGCGGUUAUUAUGAUGGAACCAUAUUUCAUAGAAAUAUCAAAGGGUUUAUGAUACAAGGUGGAGACCCAACAGGUACAGGCAAGGGUGGAACUAGUAUAUGGGGCAAGAAGUUCAAUGAUGAGAUAAGAGAGUCUCUAAAGCACAAUGCUAGGGGAAUGCUAUCAAUGGCAAAUAGUGGUCCAAAUACAAAUGGAAGCCAGUUCUUCAUUAAUUAUGCGAAGCAGCCUCAUCUAAAUGGAUUGUACACUGUGUUUGGCAAAGUGAUCCAUGGGUUUGAAGUUCUUGAUAUCAUGGAAAAGACUCCAACUGGACCUGGGGAUCGACCUCUUGCUGAGAUCAGGCUCAAUCGAGUGACCAUUCAUGCUAACCCGCUUGCUGGGUAACCUGGAAUGUUUGACUAGUGGCCAUGACCUUUUUUGGAGGUCUUGUAUUCAGGAUUGUACGCUAGCAAUGAGUUGCAGUAUGCGUUUCUCGUGUGCUGUUAUCACCGGCAGAAUAUGUAUAGCCCAUUCUGGUCACUUUGUAAUGUGACUUUUGGAUCUGGAAUUUUAGAUUUAUAGUUCUGGAGGGAUGCUAUUUGAUGACAUGAUAAUAUCACUCAAAUUAACAAAACUUGUAUUUUCUGUGCGUGUUUGUUUCUUUUUGGCCUGAGCUUUUGGGUUUCUAUACCUUUCCUGCUCAUAAUGAGCAUAAUUUGUUAUCUGGCAAAUACGUGAACAAGUUUUUGGUUCAUGUUUUAUCGUUUCAAAAUAUUAUUUGCGUAAGUGUUGAUA